CUCCAAGAUUUUAUCCAUUGUGCUACCUCAUCAUGUCUAGCCCUGUAACCGAUCAACCCGCCACCUCCGAGGCGCCGACAGUGACGGCGCCGGAGACUCAAGCCAAGCCUUCCAGCGACCCCGCGGCCACGGAGACUCAAGCCAAGCCUUCCAGAGGCCCCGCGUCCACAGAGACUCAAGUCAAGCCUCCCAGCGGCCCCGCGGCCACGGAGCCAAAUCUUGAGACCGCCGUUCUGGAAGGGUUCAAACCCUCCAAGCUCAAGGAAGGAUCCGAUCCUGUGCUGGACAGGGUCGAUCUCAGCCUAUUGAUCGUCAAUCCCGACGACGAUUGCUCUUUCGACGUGAACUACGCCAGAACUUACCCCGUACUCAUCAAGUGGCAGGAGGGUAUUUUCCUCGCCAAUAAGAGCGACACUUACUAUGUGAUUGGAUUCACGAACAAGACAAAGGAAACCAAGCCUAAGGGGUACUUGUUUGUAGCCCAAGAUAAGAUAGAAACGUUUAUGACAGCCCACCCCCUGGGUAAUUUCAAAGUAACCAACGAAUUCCUGUACGGCCAGAGCAACCAAGACGGCAAUGGCCGCUUCCUCGUGCUCCACGAUCCCAAGAGGAAGGUCUACCAGAUUCGAUUUCUCGAAGGACUGCUCUCUUGGGUCGACACCGCCGCCGAGACGUUGGGUGAAAUCAAGAAGAUGCCCAAACAAGUAAUCGACGCGCUCAAACUGGUGGGAUCGUUUGCGCCACUAUUUGGCCAGGAGCUGAAAAAGAUUUCCGAUGCCAGAAAAGCCACGCCAGCCCCAGCUCCCCCCACCCAAAAGCCGACUCAGAAGUAAAUGGGAUGUGAGAUGAUCUAGAUCUAGUGAGGGUCGGAGGAAGUUAGGACGUUUCUUGCAUUUCUUGCAAUCGAUUAUGGAAUGGCAAUGAGUAUGGAGCUGUGCCGAGGCUAUGACUCCUGUGACAGCUCUUCAAGCAUGAAUUCUCGCGAUAUAUAAAUUAAAUAAAAUCCGCUUUGCCACGCGUGAAAUUGGCAUUGU